AUGAAAGCUGAGGGCCCGGAAUACCUAGUGGUGUGGUUUCGCUCUGUCCCGUGGGCUUGCAGUGAGCUGAGCGGCCUCCACAGCCCCCGGUGUAUCAGCAGCAACAAUGGCGGCGAGCAGCCUCCAGCAGGGCUGGCCGGGCUAGUGCCUCUGUUCUCGGGGCUGCGUGUGGAGGCCUCGGCUGAUGCGUUUCCUAGGUACCCUGCCGCCGUCAUGGGUCCCUACGUCAGGAAAGUGCUGUGUGAUGAGCUGGGGGCCCCCGCCAAUUCCGCCAUCAACUGUGUCCCCCUGGAGGACUUCGGAGGCCAGCCCCCUGACCCAAACCUGACCUACGCGACCACCCUCCUGGAAGCCAUGAAAGGAGGGGAGUACGGAUUCGGGGCUGCGUUCGAUGCGGACGGGGACCGCUACAUGAUCCUAGGCCAAAACGGCUUCUUUGUGAGCCCCUCGGACUCUCUGGCCAUCAUCGCCGCCAACCUGGCCUGCAUCCCAUACUUCUGCCAGGCGGGCGCCCGCGGGUUUGGCAGGAGCAUGCCGACCAGCACGGCCCUGGACAGGGUGGCCAAGUCCAUGAAGGUCCCUGUGUACGAGACCCCGGCGGGGUGGAGGUUCUUCUCGAAUCUCAUGGACUCUGGGCGCUGCUCUCUGUGUGGAGAAGAGAGCUUUGGCACCGGCUCUGACCACCUCCGGGAGAAGGACGGCCUCUGGGCUGUCCUGGUCUGGCUUUCCAUCAUCGCCGCCCGCAAGCAGAGCGUGGAGCAGAUCGUCAGAGACCACUGGGCCAAGUUUGGCCGCCACUAUUACUGCAGGUUCGACUACGAAAGGCUGGAACCUAAGACCACGUAUUACAUCAUGAGGGACCUGGAGGCCCUGGUCACGGACAAGUCCUUCAUUGGCCAGCAGUUUGCCGUGGGAACCCACGUCUACAGCGUGGCGAAGACUGACAGCUUCGAAUACGUGGACCCCGUGGAUGGCACUGUGACCAAGAAACAGGUGGUGCUGAGCCCCCUCAUCGCCAUCGCCCUGAAGAUCUCCCAGAUCCACGAGAGGACCGGCCGCCGGGGGCCCACAGUCAUCACCUGAACGGCAGAGGCCGCUGCUCUGGGCUAGCUGGGCCGAGCGCCCCUCCCACAGUGCCUUCUCCUACGCGGCUGUGCCUUUGGGAAAUUCAAAAGAUGUUUUGCUGUUGGGGGGUGGGGGUGGGAAGGGGGGUCAGACACAGGAAUUGCCUUGUUUGGGCCCAGUCAGCUCUUCUGCAAGCAGCUGGGUCAUCUGGGAUCUGAGAUUGUACUUGGCCACUCCGAGGGGCUCUGCCUGGCCCAGAGGGUCUGUGGGUGGGGACUCUCCCUCCUGCUGACUCCUCAGUGCCCCUUGUGGGAGAAGGUUCUGGAACUGAGAGGAAAGAUGGAGCACAGUCCCUGAAUUAAACCCACCCAAAGUUACAGGUGCCCCUGGGCAGCCACCCCCCAUGACACUCCCCAGCUUAGAGAAGCGAUUCAUUUUUAUAUCCUUGGUCAGAUUCUACAAGUGGGGAAAGUGCUAGAACUCCCUGCCCCCUGCCUCUGGAUGGUCCCCAGCUCCCAACCUCUGCUCCCUGAUACCUGCCCUCACGUGCCUCCUAUCACUCCUGGUGCACUUGCUACAAAGCUGAUCCAAGGUGGGGUCCUGAGUUGGUGGGUGCUGGUCAUUCCUCCCUGAAGCUGGCAGCCCCCCUUCAAAUCCAGUCUGGCCUCCUGCAGGCCAGCAAGUGACUUCCCAGCCAGCCUCCGCAUAUGCGUGGUCUCUGUCCCGGCUCCCACCACCACACACCCCCACACCCCACACCUCCCAGGGGCAGCCUGGGCUGACUCGCUCACGGGUUUGAAUGAGUUGCUCCUGGAAAGACAGAGAGACCACAUACGUGUUCUGAAUUUCCAGGCAGGGGAACCUACUGAGUGCACUAGAGGGGCCCCGGGGGCAGCAGGCAGGGGCGGGUACUGAAACUCUCUGUGGCUCCCAAUGGAUAGAUUGGCGGUUCAGACUCACCCAGGGAUGCCUCGGGAGAAAGGCCUGGCCCUCUACUCCCCCCAGAGUCAGUCAUUGAUAACCCCUGGAUAGCAGGCCUCCCCACCCCUCGUGGGGGCACCACGUGUCAGCUCAACGUGCAGGCAGGGGCUGUCCACGCACGUGCCUGGACACAGCUCUGGUCAUGUUGGUCACGGCGAUGGCUGGAGAG